GUUCCAAGCCCCCGCUCCUUGAAAGAUGUUUCCCGCCAACCCAACUUGACCGAAACCUCGGUCCGGCCUGGUCGCCAUGACCUCGCGCUACAACGCAGUCGACCUCACGCACGACUCCUCGUCGGAGGAUGAAGGCAGGCGCAGGGCUCGCGGCCGGCAAGCUGCGCCGCGGCCUGGCCAGGCAGCGCGAGCGCGGUCUGCGCCGCGGCUGCACAGCGGCGCUGUUCUGAUCAACCAGCAGCAAGGCGGUAGCAGUAAUGAUAAGCGGCCGCGGCUAUCGGGCGCGUCCGCGGGGCCAUCGCACUUGGCCAGGUCAACGGGGGGUGUCACGGCCGUUGACCGCGACGGCCGCGUCGAGGUGCUCCUAUGCGACAGCAGCGGCGACAGCGACGUGGAGGACAUCAGCGCGGAGGAGUUCAGGCUGUCGGUGUUUGGGCCGGUCCGCGCCGUGGAGACUGGAGGUGCGGCGGCAGAGGCGGCUGGCACUGCCGCCGCAUCUGGGUCAGGGCCGCUGGCGGCAGCGGCAGCGGCAUUUGCACAUGUGGCAGCAGCAGGGGCCGGGCCUGAGGACGCAGAUGAGGUGCUGAUCACGGCGACUGUGGGACAGGUGUCGACACUGCUGGACCUGCCACACAGCCGACCCGACUGCGCCGCCCACCGCUUUCAGCCGCCGGGAGCGGGACUCGCAGCUGCAGCGGCAGCCAGCGCAGCGAACGCAAAUGCCGCCCACUGCCCGCAGUGCUACUGCUACGUGUGCGACGUCAAGGCGCCGGAGUGUGUCUACUGGGGAACAGGCCUAAGCGCUGCAGACCACGCUAACGCCCACGGCGCCAACAAGUCGUGGGCGCGGCUGCGGCUCCGCCUCCGCAGCCUGCCGCCGGCCGGACGCCAGUCGUUGCUCGCAGCCAUUGCCGCGCCGCGCGGCAGCGUACGCAUUCAAGCGAGGGCCGUGGUACGCCUGGUACCUGAGGAGGCAAGGCCAGCUGGAACGGCGGCUCCUACGGCAGCAGCAGCGGUGGCACCAGCGGUACCGCUGAUGGCAGCCACAGCAGCAAGCACGGCUCCCGCGGCUGCGGCUGCGGUUGCAGCACGGCCAAUGGCGGGCGCGGGCCCUGCAGCGGCUGCGGCUGGAACUGCAGCGACAGGACGUGUGCUGCAGGCGAUGGCACAUGGCAACAACAGGGCUGCAGCUGCCCCGGCGGCAGUGCCCUGGGUGCCGGUCACAGGUGUGCUCGCUCCGGGCGGGCAGCCCCUCCCACUGGCCAAGCAGCGUCAGCAGCCGGCUGCACCGGAGGUUCCGGCGUACGGCGCGGCUGCGGCCGCGGCUGCAGCGGCGACGGCGGCAGUAGCGCCUGCUGCUGGUGGUGGUGGUUGUGGUGGUGGCGCCGGUACUUCUGCAGUGGGGGUGGUGCGACCAAGAGCGCCAGCAGGGGCGGCGCGUGUGCGGCCUCCAAGUGCGGGCAUGACUGGUGGCGCCAGCGGUGCUGCGGUGCCUGCCGCGGCGGCAAUGCCUAUGCCACAGGCACAGCUGCCGCAGCAGCCGCGCCAAUACCAGCACAUGCAACAAAAGUACCAGCAACAGCAACAGCAGCAGCAACAGCAGAUGCAAAUGCAGCAAUACUUCCAGCAACAACAGGUGAGGCUGCGGCAACAGUACCAGCAACAGCAACAACAGCUGCUGCUGCUGCAGCCGCCACCGCAUCAACAGCAGCUGCAGCAACUGCAGCUGCAGCUGGAGCAACAGUACCAGCAACAGCAGCAGCGUCUGCAGCAAGAGUACCAGCACCAUCAACAGCAACUGCAGCCACAGUACCAACAACAGCAGCAACAGCAACAGCCACUGCAGCAACCGCCAUCGCUGCAACCGCCACCGGUACAGGCCCACCUGCAGCAACAGCCGCCGCGGCCGCCGCUACAGUCACCACAGCCGCCGCUGCAGCCACAGCAGCAGCAGCAGCAACAGCUGCCACCACCGCAACAGCAGCAGCAGCUCCCCCUACAGCCGCCACCACCGCAGCAGCAGCGGCAGGAGUACGAGCUGCACCUCCAACAGCACAUUGAGCAGCAGUGGCUGCAGGAGCAAGGGGAGGAAGAGGUCCAGCCAGAGCGGCUACUGGAACAGCGGGUGUGGAUCCAGGAGCAGCUGGAGGCGGAGAGACUACAGAGGCAGGCCAACGUGCUGCAGCAGCGCCGGGAGCAACAGCGCCAGCAGCGCAACGCCAAGAGGCGUGAGACGCGCCGGCUGCAGCGAGAGCAGGAGCAGCAGCAAGAGCGGGAGCAGCUGAUUGCGUGGCACGAAUGGCGGGAGCAGCGGCAGCAAGAGGUCCUGAUGGAGCACCAGCGCGAGCUGGAGCAGCAGCGACAGCAGCAAGAGCAGUAGCAGGAAAUGCGGAAGCA